AUGUCAGUCCAAUUAAAGUGGCGCUGCAAAUUUUCGGUGCCUCGGUGGAUUCCGUGGUUGCGGCCCGCCGUAUUGGUUCGAAAAAAUAGGGCCGAGAACAGAGCACGAGGACUGGCGGUGGCAAAGCAGAUGAAAUCAAUGUUGUCGCCGGUUCAGGACGAAGAUAGCCAAGCUUACUUGAGUCAGGCUUUGACACUUGUCCGGAAUGGACGAAUAGGCGAGGUGUUUGGAGAACACAUCAAACUUUCUGAAAACGCGCCAGCGGCGGAGGUUUUCAGACCAGUCCGUUCAGUUGUUGAGGUGCUUUUAAGCGAGAAGAAAGGGAACGUCGAACUUGGGAACUUGCGGAGGCUGGUUGGAACGAAGGACUAUGGGACCUUUCUCUUUCGCCAUUCGAGCUUCGAGGCGUUGUAUGGUCCUGGGAAAGACAGAAGCUGGAAGGACUUUGUGGUUGCAGAGAUUGUCGUCGAGGGGGCAAGGUUGCGAAAGGCUGACAACCCAGGCUUGUACUUGGCUGCGAUGGUCUUUCUCCAGCUGAAGAAGGUCAAAUGCGGUGCAGGUGAAGAUUCUCAUGAGAAGAGCGGCCUUCGAUCGUACAGUGUCAGAGAAAUCGGGCAGGAAGUCCGACAAGCAUGGUUCAACGGUAGUCCAUGCUACUGGGAGGAUCGCGCUCAGACGGAUAAAGAAGACUAA